ACACACUGGAUAUCAUCACAUUCAGGAUACAAUAUACAAGAGAGCCGCCUCACCGUCCAACCACCUGUCAGCCUCCCAGCCGAGCCUCAUUUGACCCUGCCACUCAGCCAGAGAGGAAGAGAAGAGGAAUCUGAAGACCAAGAGGAAAAAAUAACAUAUUACAAAACCCAGAGAAGCGGAGGGGAGGAAGAAGUCCAGUGCAGCCCCCUGAAGAUGAUCCUGUGGGUUGCCUUGCUGUCUCACUGUUGUUUGGGUCCGAAUGGAGCUGUAGCAGAAAGCACAGGACUGGAGAGGAUAGACACAUGUGGCACCAGUUGUUCUCAGGGCCUUCACUGCAAGACCAAGCCAGAUUAUGUGUUCCGCCCUCCGUGUCAGAACAGUACCGAAGGAAUCAACAUGUCCUCCGUGUUCCACCACAUCAGUCUCUCCACAGUCAUGAUGUGUGAGGGGAGGCAGAAGUGCUCACUACGCCUCAGAAUCAAAACUCUUCUACAACUUACUGAGUCCAUCCAUGGUUUGUCUGUUUGCACCGUCACUGCAGGGAUGAUAGUGAACUGCCAAAUUUUCAGCUUCACAAGAUCGUCACGUGGAAGAAUGUCUGGGCUGCAGGUGGAAGUUGAGAAUGAUUGCACUGAGGUUUCUCCGAGCCAACAAGUGCAAGUAAUAGUCAAAACUGUGCCGAGCUACUGUGGCAUAUCCUGGACUGGCACCUACGAAACUCCAGAAUGCAUGAUCGAAGAUUUGAGAAGACAUGUCCCAGACUGCAUCACUGGCAGGCUAUCAUAUGAUGUAAACCCAGAGAGGAAGGAGCUGAGCGUCAGCGUGUCAGACAUGCUCGAAGAUCACAACUACCACCUCCGUCUGUGCUACAAGGGUUUCAUUUGUUUUGGCACAGGGGCGAGCACACUGAUAAAGAAAGAGGAACCUGUAAAAGCUGCCACCCUCCUUUACUCCCGACCUUUGCCGUGCCUCUGCAUCGAGGGAUGGUCAGCUGUGAUGGAUGCCCCCAGAGUCCAGGUCUGCCCAUUCAAAGACCGUCUUGAGGAACUGUGGUUUGGAGUCGCCUUUGAUCCACUGGAGGAGACGCUAUCAUGGGAGUCACUCUGUCCGGUUACCGCUGUGGUUGCUUUGUGUCAGGAAAGAGAAGACGGCGUCUGUGAGGAUCUGCCACAUGCCUCCCAGAAUGUUAGCAGAGGGAAGAUAACAUUUACUGAAGUGGAUCCGCACCCUCAACUGUGCAUGAAGUUUACUGUAGGCUCUCAGUCCUGGACCAGGUGCCCCUUUGCUGGUAGGAGAUUCCAAGCAUGGGAGGUCGGUGUGACAGGACAACAGGGCCAUAAAGUGCUCAAGAUUAUGUCACAGAUGACUGCAACAUUUUCCGUGGGGCUGUGUGUGAAGUCUUCAGGGCCUGGUGUGUGCCAGUUGACCAAAACACACCCUGUACAUGUGGAGAAAAAGAAAGCUGUUGUCUUAAACCUGGCAGAGGAACUAUGCAACGCUUGUGUCCAGGUGAAGAGACUCGGCGUGAAGUAUGCUGCCACAGUUACGCACUGUCUUGAACAAUGCAAUCAGUCCUCACCUCACAGACGUGUCAUUGGCAGUCGAACUUCUUUGGACUUGACCUGGGUCGUCGUGCCAGUGGGUGUUUGCCUUUCUGGCGUCAUAAUUACCGCUCUGGUGCUCCAUGUGCUGUUAACCGUGCAUCAGAGGAGGAACCAAAAAAGAUAUAGAAAUCAAAAGCAAAUAGAUCCUGCUUUUGACUGUGUGGCCACUGCAUUACAAACUCACCCCCACGGAGGGAUCCUCAUACCUGAUUCACUGCAGUGUGGGAACACAGAGAAGGCCAACUUAAUCUCACAGUAACCAAAAAAGGAAUAUAUGCAAUGUUCAACCAUAAAGAUGUCAAAAAAAAACAAAAACAUUUCUCUAUUGAAAGUGGUGUACAAUGUUUGGAUAUUGACAUUGAGAUAUUUCAUGUUGGUUAGUAUGCUUGUUACAUUUAUUGGCUGUUACAAUGUAUUUUAUUUGUCAUUUUUUAAGUUAAAAUAUUCAUUCAUCUUGCAGCAAAUUUUUUCUAGUUCUAUUUUCAAUAAAAAAAAUUUAAACAAAA